AAAGUCGGCCGUUGUCCAAGAGUAUCCAACAGUACAAGAUGUGAGCAAGAAUGUGUCACGGAUGCGGAUUGUCCCGGAGAAUGGAAAUGCUGUAGCAGCGGUUGUGGUACAUCUUGCCUGGAGCCUACUCCGGAAGAAUUUUUGACAACGACUCCACGAUUCAUAGUUACCCAGCCACAAUAUGGUGGAGAACCUGCGACGAUUCAACAACCCGAAGAACCUCGCAUUAGCGCACAAGAAGGCGGCUAUGUUACAUUGAAAUGUGUUGCACUAGGAAUUCCCAAACCAACUAUCACAUGGAGGAAAGAUACUACAUUGAUUGGACCUUCGGAAAAAAGACGACGUAUAUUACUCGAUGGGUCUCUUCAGAUCAUUAAUUUAUAUACUUAUGAUAAAGGAACUUAUGUCUGUACUGCUGAUAACGGCUUAGGGCCACCGGUAAGAGCGGAAUACCAAUUGGACGUCACAGAACCAAACCAACUUCCUGUCGCUAUCAUUGGAGAGCCCGAUACUCGCAUAACGGUGACGAUGAACUCACCGAUAGCUAUACAUUGUUACGCCAUGGGAUGGCCAAGGCCAUUUGUUACUUGGUGGCGUGGCGAUCAAAUGUUGCCUCUGUACUCGGACAAUUAUGAGCAAGACACUGAUUAUACUCUUCUGAUACGUUCAGUAACUUUAACUAGCCUCGGCGUAUAUACAUGUCAGGCAUUCAAUGGAAUCGGUACACCGGCCUCUUGGUCGGCAACCUUGCAAGCGAUCGGGCCCGUCUACAAUGUUAAGCCUGAUCAGGAAGAGUAUACCAAGUAUCUCGUCCAACCACCAAAAAGACCUACCACUGAAAAACCACAAUAUCCUUACAGGCCUACCAGAACGCAAUCUCCCGAGUAUCAAACCUACGCUCCUGUUCGUCCCUCAAAACCUUCUCAUAUCCCUCGCGUUGUUCCUCUUGAAACUACCACCGUCGAACCCGGUAGCGCCAAAUUCAAAGUGCCGGUCAAAGUCAACGUAUCAGCAGGACAAUCGCAAUUCCCUGAAGGCAGUGAUGUAAGCAUCGCUUGUACCAUAGACGGUUAUCCGAUCCCACGUGUGCUUUGGUACAAGGAUGAUGAACUCAUUCGAACGAACAAUCGAAUAAAAAUUUCUGAACUCAAUCGACUUAUUAUUAAUGAUGCUAAUCGAGAGGAUUCUGGCCGAUAUCGAUGUGAAGCGGCCAAUGAAUAUUCUUCGGAUUCUGAUAGCGUUGACAUACGUGUAGCUGGCAUCUUUAUUCAUCCUCAUUGUCAGGAUAACACAUUCUUUGCCAAUUGCGAGCUUAUUGUGGCGGCCAAGUAUUGCACGCACAAGUACUACGCAAAGUUUUGCUGUCGAUCGUGUACAGAAGCUGGCCAGUUGCCAGCGAGAGGACCCCAUAUUGACAACUCAAAAAGAAGAAAAAGAUCUAUUUUGCGAAUGCUCGUAUAAGAUGUGAUACCAAAUCGAUUUUUGGGUAUUUCCGACACACGUGAUAACACAAAUAGAUUCUGGAUCGUGAUCGGCGGGAUUCGCAAUAGAA